UCGCCGGAUGAUGAGUUUGCAAAAGUGUGUGAGGUGAUAAGAUGCUGAUAAAGAUUUUGUUUUCCCACUGCACCGGCGGGGAAUAACUACCAGCGAGGGUCAGUAUAGCCACGCAAUGGAUGUCGAUAGCCAACCGAUUGAAAAGCUCGUAGAGAGACACGAUCGUGAACAUGGAGUCCAGGAGGUACGAAUACCGGUGCCUUUCGGUGAGAUCGCCGGUAAAUGGUGGGGUCCAAGGAACGUACGACCGAUCGUAUGCCUGCACGGUUGGCAAGAUAACGCGGGAACGUUCGAUACGUUGAUACCGCUGCUACCGAAACACAUCAGCUUCUUAGCGCUCGACACACCGGGCCAUGGUUACUCAUCCCGGAUUCCGCACGGUAUGUCCUACCAGCCGAUGAACGUGUUCUUCCUGCUCAACUUCAUCAUGGCCGAGUACGGUUGGCGGAAGAUUUCGCUGAUGGGCCACUCGAUGGGUUCGGUGUUGGUGUACGCGUACGCGGCCGUCUUUCCAACUCGCGUCGAUCUCGUUGUUUCACUGGACGCACUGAAACCACAGGUGCUCUCGGAUACCGUCAUCGUGUCGUUGAUGGCCGAGCUAACACCCGAGUUCGUUAAGGCGGAUCGUCGCAACCAAGACCGUACGGAACCACCGGCCUAUACCUAUGAAGAAGCGAUCGAUCGGUUGUACCACGGUGCCGUUAACUCAAUCACCCGCGAGGCUUGUCCGUUUCUACUGCAGCGAAACAUCCGUCGAUCGACCAAAUAUCCGGAUAAGUACUAUUUCUCGCGUGACAGUCGUCUCAAGUAUGGGCUCGGGUUUCUGUGGUCACAGGCGAUCAAUCUACGGUUAGCGCAGAACCUCACGAUGCCAUUCCUGUUCGUGAAGGCUUCGGAUUCACCGUACUGGGAGAAGAAACAGUAUUACGAUGAGGCGAUCGAGAUCCUGCGCCGUGAUAAUCCGCACUUUGAGCUGCAGCACGUCGAGGGUACACAUCAUGUUCAUCUGUCCAAUCCCGAGCGUGUUGCCCCGAUUGUGACCGAGUUUUUGCGUAAAUAUUGGCAAAAGGAUGACGAUGUUGCUAGUAAGCUGUAAAGAGCGAUCGGAUAAGAGUCCGAGCGACAUUUUGACGAUAUUCUUCUUUGUAUAUUUUGUAUCUUUCCUAAUUUAAAUAAAGCCCCGAACAUUGGUUGGU